UCCUUUGUUUAGUACUUUUUUUGUGGUAAAUUAGUGGUUGUGAAAAUGCCGAGCGCUUCUUUCACGGCCUCCAGGUCGUAUGUGAGAAGAUCGAGGAGAAAAGGAGCAAACAGAAUCCCCACACCUUCCAGAACCACGUCUGAACCAUGUGAACCCGUCUGCCACCUCAUGCAGAACAUUCCAGCGCCCACGGCCGCAGCGCCGGCUGGAGGUUCUUCGGGCGGCCCGUCCGCCUCUUCCUCCUCCUCUCUGGGCGCCGGACCGAGCGGUGGAGUGGGCGCCAUAGCUGCCGCCCACCACUCACCGUACGACCUCCGUCGCAAAUCUCCCUCCCACCACGACGGACUGGCGGGCGUAUCCGGCCCGAGCACCAGCGCCGCCACGGCCGGAUCGCCCACCUCGCCGGCCACGCCCACAGCGCCCGCCCAGGGCAGCUACUGCUCCGUCAUGCUGCCGGCCAGGAAACGCCCAAGGAGGACUUGCUCUACCUCAUGCGAAGUUUUCACCAAUUCCGCUGCUCACUACCUGCAAUACGAACUUCCUGAUGAAGUUUUGCUCACUAUUUUCAACUACUUACUUGAACAAGACCUGUGCCGUGUUAGCCAAGUUUGCAAACGUUUUCAAGCCAUUGCAAACGAUACAGAGAUAUGGAAACGCCUAUAUCAGAGUGUCUACGAGUACGAUCUUCCCCUUUUCAAUCCAGCCCCAUGCCGGUUUGAGUUUGUCAGUCCGGAAGAGUCCGAACUGGCGAAUCCCUGGAAGGAGUCUUUCAGGCAGUUGUAUAGAGGCAUACACGUCAGACCUGGGUAUCAUGAGAUGACCUUCAAGGGGAGAAACAUAGUGUAUUUCAAUACGGUCCAGGGAGCACUCGAGUAUGCCGACGAAAGAAGCGGUAGCAGCAGUUCAUCAGGAUCGGUAUCGGGUUCAAGCAAUAAUUCCGAAGUCAACAACCAGGGGGCGCUGAUAUUCCUUCAUACAGGCACCUAUAACGGAGAGUUCCUCGUUAUAGAUUCCGACAUCGCUCUUAUCGGAGCCGCACCUGGCAACGUUGCAGAGUCUGUGAUCUUAGAGAGGGAAUCCGAAUCUACCGUGAUGUUCGUCGAAGGGGCCAAGAACGCCUACGCCGGACACUUAACCCUCAAAUUUUCCCCUGACGUUACGUCAACAGUGCCCCACCACAAGCACUACUGUUUGGAGGUGGGAGAGAAUUGUAGCCCGACAAUAGACCAUUGUAUAAUUAGGAGUACGUCUGUAGUUGGAGCAGCUGUUUGUGUUAGUGGUGCUGGUUCGAACCCAACGAUAAGACAUUGUGAUAUAAGUGACUGUGAAAACGUUGGCCUAUACGUGACGGACUAUGCUCAAGGAACUUAUGAAGAUAACGAAAUAAGCCGGAACGCCUUGGCCGGUAUAUGGGUCAAGAAUUUCGCCAAUCCCAUCAUGCGUAGGAACCACAUACACCAUGGUAGAGAUGUUGGUAUAUUCACGUUUGACAAUGGACUGGGUUACUUCGAAGCGAACGACAUCCACAAUAACCGGAUAGCCGGUUUCGAGGUAAAAGCGGGAGCCAAUCCCACAGUCGUUCACUGCGAGAUCCACCAUGGCCAAACGGGAGGCAUCUACGUGCACGAGAACGGCCUCGGUCAGUUCAUCGAUAACAAGAUUCACUCCAACAAUUUUGCCGGAGUGUGGAUAACGUCAAACAGCAACCCCACCAUCAGACGUAACGAGAUCUACAACGGGCACCAGGGGGGCGUGUACAUAUUCGGCGAGGGGCGGGGCCUGAUCGAGCACAACAACAUCUACGGCAACGCAUUGGCCGGCAUCCAGAUCAGGACCAAUAGCGACCCGAUAGUGCGUCACAACAAGAUCCACCACGGGCAGCACGGCGGUAUCUAUGUGCACGAGAAGGGGCAAGGCCUGAUCGAGGAGAACGAGGUUUACGCCAACACGCUGGCGGGCGUGUGGAUAACCACCGGCAGCACUCCGGUGCUUAGGAGGAAUCGGAUACACUCCGGCAAGCAGGUGGGAGUCUAUUUUUACGACAACGGUCACGGCAAACUGGAGGACAACGACAUCUUCAAUCACCUGUACUCCGGCGUCCAGAUCCGUACUGGCAGCAAUCCAGUGAUCAGGGGCAACAAGAUCUGGGGCGGCCAAAACGGCGGCGUCCUGGUCUACAACGGCGGGCUCGGCCUGCUAGAGCAGAACGAGAUCUUCGACAACGCCAUGGCGGGCGUGUGGAUCAAGACCGACUCGAACCCAACGCUCAAACGUAACAAGAUAUUCGACGGUCGCGACGGCGGCAUCUGCAUCUUCAACGGCGGUAAGGGCGUGCUGGAGGAGAACGACAUCUUCAGGAACGCCCAGGCGGGCGUGCUCAUAUCCACCCAGAGCCACCCGAUCCUGCGGCGCAACCGCAUCUUCGACGGUCUGGCCGCCGGCGUCGAGAUCACGAACAACGCCACCGCGACGCUCGAGUUCAACCAGAUCUUCAACAAUCGGUUCGGCGGACUGUGUCUGGCAAGCGGAGUGCAGCCGAUCGUGCGCGGCAACAAGAUAUUCAACAAUCAGGACGCCGUGGAGAAGGCGGUGGCGAACGGGCAGUGCCUGUACAAGAUAUCGAGCUAUACGUCGUUUCCGAUGCACGAUUUUUACAGGUGUCAGACCUGCAACACGACCGACAGGAACGCUAUAUGCGUGAACUGCAUCAAGACGUGCCACGCCGGUCACGACGUGGAGUUUAUCAGGCACGAUAGAUUCUUCUGCGACUGUGGCGCAGGUACCCUAACCAACCAAUGUCAGCUGCAAGGGGAGCCAACCCAAGACACCGACACACUAUACGACUCGGCCGCACCGAUGGAAUCCCACACCCUCAUGGUGAAUUAACGUGAUACCAUUCCCUCCCCAUUGCACGCUCUGCUACGAGUAUCUCGGCCCUAAUCUACCUAACCUAGUUCGAGUUUAAAUGUUGAAACUGUUUUUAAAAUAAGUCGGGUCAUCUUCGAAGCACCGAUCUGAGAGAGUGAUUUAGAAAGACCGAUAACGGGACAGUUUGGUGAUAGUGCAUUGGUUUUUACAGUCGUAGUGUUGUGCGUGUUUGAGAGUUAGCUCUUCGAUGCGUCUGAGAAAAGGAUGGUGGCUCAUCGAAUGGGCAAUGUCCCCCUCCUUAACGAAUAAUUGAGUGGUACGGGACACCGGUGUGUAUGACUGAUUUUCGUUUUCACUUAGAAUUAGACAAUCAUAAUCUGGCUUCCAUUUCAAUUUAGGUUCCUUACGUACGUGCAUUCGAGGUAUACAAGGGGGCGUGUAUUAAGCUUCGAAAAAAGGACAAAAAAGAUGAUUUUUAAAAUGUUGUUUCCCUCGAGGUCCUCGUUAACGUUACACGGGAGCAGUUUCGAAAAUUUGAUUGAAGCAGUUCCUCAAUGUCAUUUUAUACAAUUGUUCAUGUUAAUUUGAUGCAGUUUAAUAUAUUUUUCUUUUUUUUAUUAAUACAACAAUAACGCAAGAUAAAUCCAAUUCUAACCGAAUACAUACCAUUUUUGUUUUGAGAAAAUCCAAGAAUUGUUUUUUUAUAGUGAUCUUGUUUUUUUUUUAUCUAUCAACCCACAUACAUAAAUUAUUCUUAUUACCAUUUGUAUGUACUGUAACAUGAUGUUGUUGAUGAUUUUCAAUAUUUUCUGUUUAUGUUUAAGUUUAUUCAUUAUAGGGUAAUUAUUUGUUAUUAUAAAUGAUAAUUUUAUUUAUUCAAUUGAUGCUUUAUGAUUACUAAGGUAUUCGAGUGGUUUAGUGGUAUUUGAUAAUUUUUUCAUUUAACGUUUUUAUCAUUUAUUUCUUUUAUUCUUUUCAGUAUACUGCUAAUAAUCUACAAGAGAAAAGAAACUGGCUUUGUCGAAAGUCGAGAAAUCUUGCCUAAUCUAAAAAAAAUUGAUUUUCUAGUAUACAGGGUGAGUCAUUGACGUAAUUUUUGCAGUGAAAACCAACGACUGUUCCAAAACUACUUUUAGAUAGAUUUGGGCAAUGUUUAAGUCAAAGGGUUACCCUGUAUAUCUUUCAGGAUCCGUAUAUUCUUUUGAUUUAAGUUCUACCGGUCUCCAAGCGAUGGAAUAAAGCUCUAUGAUUUUAAAGUGCCUCCUAAUUCUUAAGUUUUCAAAGGAAGUUUUUCAGUUGAGAGAAUGUGGCAUUUGUUAAAUGAAAAAAUUAUAAGAGAAUGUAAUAAUUUCAUCAUAUUAGAGAAUAUAGCUUUAAUGUAUAUAUAUAUAUAUAUGAAGAUAAUGCGUUGCGAUGUUUAAAAUUGAAUGUAGUGUUCACGAAAUUUUCGAAUGAAGUACAGUUGUUUUAAAAGUUGUAUUUUGGAAGGACGGUGAAUGUAUAAAUUAUAUAUCAGUAUUUAUCAUCAAAUUAGGAACAUGUAAGUUAAUGUGAGUGUAAUUGUAUAUAAAAAAAAACGUAAAUUGUUGCUUUGAAAGUAGUUUCGAAUAUUAAGGUUUCACUUCAUGGUAAUUUUUUCAUAAUAUCAUCAUCGAUUCAUUUGAAAUAGGCUUCACCAUUUUUUGGGAUGAUUCCAGUAUCUCUGCCUGAGGCAAAUAAAUUAUUUAUUACUUUUUAGUUUUGUGAUUUUUUUUUUCGCAGUCCAUGAUCAACAUCGGCUAAGUGGUUUGCGGAGUUUUGGAAUUGAUCAAAGGUUUCAUUUCAUACCUGAAAAGCUGAAGUAACCACAAGGAAUAUUAUAAUCAGCGUUAAACGCACUAAAUUUCAAAAAUAUGCAAUACGGUUAGGUUGCUUAGCCUAUCUGUCAUUCAAGUCUAACCUAUCAUUGGCUAGAACUUUUACUAGCCCCUCCUACACCCUUCAAUUAAUUAAGCAAAUAAUGUGUAGUUGAUAGAGGUUAUAUCGUUAUUGAGCAAAUUAUUUAUCAUUUAAUACAUUUUGAUGUUUUAUUAUAUUCGAAAACAAAAUUUCUGGGAGAACGUUCUUGAAUGCUAUAAUAGAUAUUGAAAUGAAUUAAAAGUGAAAUAAUUUGCUUAAUAAUGACUUAACCUCUAAUGAUCUAUUAUUUAAAUUUUUGUAAUUUCUGAUGAUAACGACUUUGUGCUCAAAACAUGCAUGGUUACUUCAGCUUUCGAGUAGUUGAUUUUGUUGUUGAACAUUAUAACUGAAAGUUGAAAGAUUAGAGGAAUGUAGAUAGAUAGCACUUGGGAACAGGUUGGUUAAAUAAGGAGAUUCGAAUUAGAAGUUUUCAAUAGAAGUUCGGUAAAUUUUAGCAAUUUCAUCCCUUGAAGCUGGUCCAUUUUUUAAUGAAGAAUCAUUGGAUGCCUUCAACAUAAUGUAUAGAUAAAAUUCAAAGUGCAUUUUUGAAAUAGCCUGGUGCCAUAAUAAUAAUAUACCUACUACACAUUUUAUCAGAGCUAGCUAAAUAUAAAUUUAUGAAUUAAUGAUAAGAUGUAGUAUAAUUCUUUUUAUACCAAUUUUCCUACGUUGACUGAUGUAUAGUUGUUUUAAUGAAAGAUGAGUUAAUGCUAAUAAUCACUCGAGAGAUAGGUUAUGUGGAGAGUGGUGGUUUUGCAGAAGGCUGGGGAUGAACUACCUAUAACACUAAGCAACCAGCCGUACUUGAGUUUGGUGGUCUCUCGAUGAUUUGGUUUGGUCUGAGUGUUCUUUUUUACUGUUAUUUCCGGGUUGGCGCAUAAAGAGUGGUGCGCGAAUAUAAACUUAUUGUUCAACACUAAGUUAACACAGUUCACUUUGUAAUAUUUAUUCUACUUGUAAAUAAAUUACGUCAACAUUA